AUGCAGACGCAAUUUGAACCGUUAAAGAAUGAUCUGCUGCUGAGAGCCGCCCGGGGCGAGAAGGUGGAGCGCCCUCCGAUCUGGGUGAUGCGACAGGCCGGUCGUUAUCUCCCCGAAUACCACGAAGCCAAAGGAGGCCGCGACUUCUUCGAAUGCUGCCGCUCACCGGAAAUUGCGUCGACCCUUACUAUCCAACCCAUUGACCGAUACGAGGGCCUCAUCGAUGCGGCAAUUAUCUUCUCCGAUAUCCUGGUUAUCCCACAGGCCAUGGGAAUGGUUGUGGAAAUGGUCGAUAAGAAGGGCCCUCACUUCCCAGAGCCUCUUGAAUCGCCGGACGAUGGACAAUAUGCUCGGGUGAUGGAGAAGAAGGUGGACGUCAAGGCGGAGCUGGACUACGUUUACAAGGCAAUUUCGCUCACACGCUUUAAACUGAAGGGCCGUGUGCCGCUCAUUGGUUUCUGCGGUGCACCAUGGACACUGCUAUGUUACAUGGUUGAAGGCGGUGGCAGCAAGCUCUUCGUGCAAUCCAAGAAGUGGGUGUACAAGUACGCCAAGGAGUCACAGGCUCUCUUGCAGAAGAUCGCUGAGAUCUGUGUGGAGUACCUGGCUCUCCAGGUUGCUGCCGGUGCCCAGCUGGUACAGGUGUUUGACUCGUGGGCUGGCGAGCUGUCGCCCGCCACUUUCGCCUCGCACUCUCUGCCCUACCUGCGCCACAUCUCCGCUAACCUGCCUAAGCGCUUGAAGGAGAUGGGCUUGGAGCCAGUCCCCAUGACUGUCUUUGCCAAGGGUGCUUGGUACGCUCUGGAUGACCUUUGUGAUUCCGGCUACAACGUUGUUGGUCUGGAUUGGUUGCACGAUCCUGCCGAGGCAUUGCGUGUUGCCAACGGCCGAGUUACUAUUCAAGGUAAUGCGGAUCCCGGUAUGCUCUAUGGCGGUCCUGAGGCUAUCACUCCUACCGUGGAGAAGAUGGUUGAGGGUUUCCGGAAGGGCAAGCAGGGCUGGAUUUGCAAUCUCGGACACGGUGUCACCCCAUUCGUGGACCCAGAGAACCUCAAAUUCUUCUUCCAGGAGAUUCACCGUCUUACUAAAUAA